AAAACCCUAGAAAUUGUAAAACCCUUUCGGACCCCUUUCUCUAUCUCUUCUUACACACAGACACCAUUACAGUUUCAACUCUAAGUUUAUUUUAUCAACGAUGUCUUCCAAAGGUCUGAAAUCGCAGAAAUCAACCAAGAGGAAGGAUACCGAAAGCUCUGACAAAUUCGAUUCUCAGAAAUCGAAGAAGCCAAAGCUGGUGUCUGGAGACCAAAAUGUUAAACCUAAUUUUGGUAAACCGAAAUCUACUGGGGACAAGGAGCAGCGUAACGUUACGCUAUCGAAGAAGGAGCUUCGUGUACAGGCUAAGGAGCUAACAGAAGCUAGGAAGAAGAAGAGAAAGCCCCAUUACACUCUUGAGCAAGAGCUUGGAUCUCUAUGGGAGAAGAUGAGGCGCCGUGACAUUGGCAAGGAGGAGCGUUCAAAGCUUGUAUCUGAAGCUAUAAGAAAGAUGAAGGGGAAGGUUCCAGAGAUUGCAGGCUCACAUGUUUCAUCUCGUGUACUCCAGUCUUGUGUGAAGUUUUGCUCACAAGCUGAAAGAGACACUAUCUUCGCAGAACUCCAGCCACGCUUUCUUACCCUUGCUUCUAAUAAAUAUGCUGUUUUUUUAAUAAAGAAGAUGUUUGAUGGAGCAUCUAAGCAGCAGCUGGCAGCUUGUAUAUCCAGCCUACGGGGACAUGUUGCUCGUCUCCUCCGUCACAUGUUCGGAUCUGUUGUUGUUGAGCAUGCAUACCAUCUGGGAACCGCAGCACAAAAACAAGAACUCCUUGCAGAGUUGUAUUCUACGGAGCUUCAAUUAUUCAAGGGCUUGGCCUCAACUACCGAGAAAAGGGUGGUAGACAUCAUCGCUAAGCUAGGACUGCAAAAAGAUUCAGUUAACCGACACAUGGCUGCCAUUAUCCAACCGAUUCUUGAGAAGGGAAUUGUCGACCAUACUAUCAUACACAAAUUGCUGAUUGAAUACCUGACAAUAGCUGAUAAGACUUCUGCUGCAGAUGUGCUUCAGCUACUGAGGGCGGAGCCAGUAAGGUGGGAGGGGGAGGGGGAUCAGCUGACAAAAUCUGGCUCCCUUCUUUUGCGUAUGGUUCAUACUCGUGAUGGUUCUAGGCUUGCCAUGCUUUCUAUCAAACAUGGAAGCGCUAAGGAGAGAAAGAUGAUUAUCAAAGCAAUGAAAGAUCAUGUUCAAAAGGUGGCUUUUGAUCAGUUUGGAAGUAUGGUGCUUGCAUGUAUUUUUUCAAUAGUUGAUGACACAAAGCUCGUGACCAAGAUAAUUGUUCGUGAGCUUGAGCCCACCUUAAAGGAUCUUGUUAUGGACAAGAAUGGUAGGAGAUCGCUAUUGCAGCUACUGCGUCCGAAUUCUUCACGUUAUUUCAGCCAUGAUGAUUUGGCCUCUCUUGAUCUGUCUGUUCCAUCACUUUGCUCAAAGGAUAAGUCAGAGACAUCCUCUCUAACAAAGGACACAGAUGGUAACGAAUCUGGUGAGGAGACGAAGGAUGAACAAGAAGAUACAGUAACUGAACAUUCAGAUCAUGAAGAAAACGUCAAAGCUGCAGGCGGUAAAAAAGAUCCCCUUGUGAGAAGACGGGAGUUGCUCGUCAACAGUGGCCUUGCUGAGAGUCUUAUUGAUGUGUGCGUGGAGAACGCCGAGGAAUUCCUCAAGUCUAACAUUGGCAAAGAGGUCUUGUAUGAGGUUGCAGUCGGAGGCGCUGAUGGUAUUCUUUGCCCAUCUCUGAGCGAGAAGCUGUGUGAGCUGUACGAAGCUAUUAGUUCUGUAGCAGCAAAGCCGAAACCCCAAGAAUCUGAGAAGGAUUCAGAGCACAUCCUGGAAAACUUUCACUCAAGUCGGACCAUAAGAAGGCUUGUUUUGGAUUGCCCUGGUUUUGCGUCCACUCUCUUUAAGAAGGCCUUGUCUGGAAAAUGCAGGUCGUGGGCUGCAGGACACUGUUCAAAGAUACUAUCUGCUUUCCUAGAGACUGAAGAUCUUCAAGUUCGUGAGAUGGCUAAACCAGAGCUUCAGGUGUUGGUGAAUGAAGGUACUUUGAAAAUCUCAGCAAACAAAAAACCUGAAUGAUACAGCAUCCAAGCAUCGUGAAACACUGGCUCUGUUGUGUUCUCGACUAGUGCUUCUGAGACUUGAAAAUACCUUAAAAGGUACACAUACGACAAAAUAUAAUGGAGUAACAGAAUGGGGAUUCAGUUUUUUUCCAAACAGGUUACUUAGUUUCAGAAUUGGGAGUCUGGGCUUUGGCAAAUUUUGUCCUUUCUUUCUUAUGUCGUUCUGUAGUUUAUCUUCCUGCAACUUUAAAACAGCGGUCACGAGAAUGGCCUUUUUUGUAACUCAAAUUCAAACUCAAUCGUCAAUGGUCUUCUUAUUUUUA